AUGUUCUCCGUCAUCAUCCCCGGCCAACCGUGCCUCACCAACCUCGCGCAAGUCGAGGCGACCAAAUUCGCAAUCACAUUCCCACUAGUCCCCUUCAACGAAGUGGUUGUCUUCUUCCGCCCGGACGCCGCCACCCCUCUCCCCCCCUCCACCGUCGCCGCCGUCUACAUCCAAUUCCCCGAGCCGAACCCCAACCCCGCCGCCGCGCCCCAAUUCCACCUCCUCGGCGCCCUCCGCAACGACAAACAAUCCGCCAUCUUCAAGCUCCCCCCCAACAUCCCCGCCCUGCAGAACGUCAAUGCCCUGAUGGGCGCCGCGGAAGUCGUCCUGGGCAUCUCCGUCGAGCCCGAACAGGUGCUGGGCCCGCAACUGGAGGCGCUCGAGGCCGAGCAGGGGUCGUCCAUGGUUGUGCGUCAGCAGAAGGAGAUCACCACCAAGGUCCUGGCGCAGAGGAUUAUUGGGAAUGCGUUCAACUUUUUGGCCAGCUUUGCGGAGUCGGAUCCCAGGAGUCGUGGACAGGAGGUCGUUUCGUUGAAGUCGUUUCGUGAUUGGUGGACCAAGUUUGAGAGGAAGGUCGAUAUGGAUCCGACGUUUUUGGAGAGGGAGGAUCCGUCGGCUUCGGAGGGAAUAGAUGCGCAUGGCAGGGGUUUUGCUUUUGGGCUUUGAGCGUUUGGGGUUGGUUUGUGUUUGUGUUUAUGUGUUUGUGUUUGUUCGUUGCUGCGAUCAUGGAUUGUAUACUAUGUUUCGGGUUCCUUAUACCAUACCACCCACCCACACCACCAUCACGGUCGUGGAAUCUUCCCAUCGGAGAUUCUGUCUAUUUGCGUCAACGUCGUGGAAUCAUAUUUCCGGUUGUGGAGAUCUAUCUGUAUCUGCGUCUAUAUAAACCGCUCGUCUAUAAUAGCAAGUCAUCGGGGAGAAGGUAUACCAGCCUUCCUUCC